AUGGUUGAUAUCUCAUCAGGCUGCAUGGAACAGGCUUUGAAGGAAAAGAGAGAAGCAAAGAUUGCGUCGCAUACUGCAGAAUCACGAGAGGCAAAGGCGAGCAUGAAGAGUAAGACUGUAGGAUGGGCUAAAACGCUGUGGAGGGCAUUUAACUUUGCAUUCAGAGUUUACAACUUUGCUGGGGGACACGACGACCGAGCUGAUCGGCUUACUAAAGAGUUGGCUGAUGAGAUCAAACUGAUUCUAGGAAACCACUCCUCUUAG